UAUUUUUCAGUUUUAGUUAAAAUUAUUUAAAAUAUCAGCCGAGCAAGUACACAAAUCUGAACAAAAAAGCUCUUUUUGUUUCCUGGUGAAAUUACUUAUUGAUUGACAACCAGCGUUUGAUGUUGACAUUUACAGUUUGUCCCAAAUCAUGCUUGAUUUGAAGUUCAGUUUGUUCAUCAGUAGAAUGUCACUGGGCUUGUUGUUCAUCAGCGCUUCCUCUCAGUGCACAGACGGACUCCUGCAUCAUCAGUAAUCUGAACAAGGAUUACUCCAGACUUGUGUUGUGAGAUUAGCUGUCACCUCAGACAUACAUCGCACACAGCGCUGGUCAGACAUCAGAUGUGUCUUUAGUGAAAGACCAGCCAGUAAAAACCAUGUGAGAGUGCUUACCAUUACAUCAUAUCCUGUUUCGCUCGUAACUGUUCUGCGUUCCAGAAGUCAAAUAGGUUGUUGAUGAAAUUUGAGUCACAACAAGUGUUUUCAAUGGCCACACAAUGAAGGCUCAACUUCAGAUUACAGUUCUGUCCGCUAAGCUUCGGGACAGUAAGAAGAACUGGUUUGGACCCAGUCCUUACGUCGAGGUGUGUGUGGACGGCCAGUCCAAGAAGACGGAGAAAUGCACCAACACACACACUCCCAAAUGGAAACAGUCUCUCACUGUGAUCGUCACUCCUUUCAGCAAGUUGGUUUUCCGUGUUUGGAGUCAUCAGACCCUUAAAUCGGACGUUUUGCUGGGGAUGGCCGCUCUGGAGGUCAGCGAGAUCUUAAAAGCCAACAAUCUGAAGAUCUGUGAGGUGGUGCAGACGCUGCAGUUGACUUCAGACCGAGAGAUGGUUGGAGAUCUGUCCGUGUGUCUCGAUGGACUUCAGGUGGAUCCCGAGACGUUUGCGUCUGAGGAACAAAAGCACAAUGCCGUUGUAAAUGGAGAAUCCAGACUGAACGGGGAUGUGGCAGGAAGACGAGACUCGUCCCCAUGCAGUGACAUCACCGAUGAAGCACCGCUGACCAAUGGUCAUGCAGUCCAAAAUACGGGGUCUGCCUCUCUGAGACCCCCCCGACCAGCUCGCCCCCUGCGGCCACACAAACCUACUUCCUCCACAGCGUCCUCUGCCGGCUCGAGUCCCACUCACAGCAGCAGCGCUCCCAGUCCAGAAACAUCUCCACGGCUGUGUGUGAACGGAGAAACCGAGGGUCAGGGGUCAAACCAGGCGCCGAGGGCCAGUCCAACGCCCCCCAGAGCUCCUCUGAUCACUAACGGCCCUCUUCCUCCUGGCUGGGAGCAGAGAGUGGAUCAGAACGGCCGCGUUUACUUCGUGGAUCACAUUGAGAAAAGAACCACAUGGGAAAGACCAGAACCGCUGCCCCCUGGCUGGGAGCGUCGUCUGGACCCGAUGGGACGUGUGUAUUACGUGGAUCAUAUGAACAGAACCACCACGUGGCAGAGACCCACGCUGGAGUCGGUGAGAAACUAUGAGGAGUGGCAGAACCAGCGCAGUCAGCUGCAGGGAGCCAUGCAGCGCUUCAACCAGAGGUUCAUCUACGGACUGCAGGAACAGCUCGCGCCGACAGCUAGUAACGAGAUUGAUCCUCUGGGUCCUCUGCCGCCGGGAUGGGAGAAACGGACGGACAGUAAUCGGAGGAUGUAUUUUGUUCACCAUCCAACGAGAUCCACACAGUGGGAAGACCCUCGAACACAAGGGUUGUUGAAUGAGAAGCCUUUGCCGGAGGGUUGGGAGAUGAGGUUCACAGUGGACGGGAUUCCUUAUUUCGUCGAUCACAGCAGGCGAACCACGACAUACAUCGAUCCCCGUACAGGAAAAUCCUCCCUUGAGAACGGCCCUCAGAUCACAUACGUACGAGACUUUAAAGCCAAAGUGCAGUAUUUCCGCUUCUGGUGUCAGCAACUAGCAAUGCCUCAGCACAUAAAGAUCCACGUCAGCCGCAAAACGCUGUUCGAGGACUCGUUUCAGCAGAUUAUGAGUAGCCAUCCGCAAGAUCUGAGACGGAGACUGUGGAUUAUUUUCCCCGGGGAGGAGGGGCUUGACUAUGGAGGCGUGGCCAGGGAGUGGUUCUUCCUGCUGUCUCACGAGGUCUUGAACCCCAUGUACUGUCUGUUCGAGUACGCCGGCAAAGACAACUACUGCCUGCAGAUAAACCCCGCCUCCUUCAUUAACCCCGACCACCUCAAAUACUUCAAGUUCAUUGGCCGGUUCAUCGCUAUGGCUCUGUUUCACGGGAAGUUCAUCGACACGGGCUUCUCUUUGCCUUUUUAUAAACGCAUCCUGAACAAACCUCUGGCUCUGAAAGACCUGGAGUCCAUCGACCCGGAGUUUUACAACUCGCUCAUCUGGAUCAAGGAUAAUAAUGUAGAGGACUGUGGCCUGGAGAUGUUUUUCUCUGUGGAUAAGGAGAUUUUGGGAGAAGUCACCACACAUGAACUCAAACCUGAUGGAGGAAACAUUCAGGUGACGGAGGAAAAUAAAGAGGAGUAUAUCAGGUUGGUGGCUGAGUGGAGGUUGUCUCGAGGGGUCGAGGAACAGACUCAGGCGUUUCUCGAGGGCUUUAAUGAAGUCUUGCCGCAGCAGUACCUGCAAUACUUUGAUGCCAAAGAGCUGGAGGUGAUGCUGUGUGGGAUGCAGGAGAUCGAUCUGGGCGACUGGCAGAGGAACACCAUCUACAGACACUACGCUCGCAGCAGCAAACAGAUCGUCUGGUUCUGGCAGUUUGUGAAGGAGAUGGACAACGAGAAGCGAAUGCGUCUGCUGCAGUUUGUGACCGGCACGUGUCGACUUCCUGUCGGGGGAUUCGCUGACCUCAUGGGGAGCAAUGGGCCGCAGAAGUUCUGUAUUGAGAAAGUGGGAAAAGAAAACUGGCUGCCCAGGAGCCACACAUGCUUCAACCGUCUGGAUCUGCCGCCCUAUAAAAGCUACGAGCAGUUAAAGGAGAAGCUGCUGUUCGCCAUCGAGGAAACAGAAGGCUUUGGUCAGGAGUGAAGCAUGCACACUUUACACCCACUGCUGACACGAGUGAGGAUCUCUCUAAAUCCAUCCUCUUCUGAUUUAACAUGAUGGAUGCACAGCGAUGCAGCGGUCCUCGGCUCACUCUAUGCACACCCUCGUAUUAUUAACCUGUUCAUGACUGCCGCCACUCUCUACUGUCGUAAUGCACAUGCUAAUGAGUUUUCCAUGGUAUGUGUCCGAAUGAGUCUCAUCUGUUUCAGAGCUUCGGAUCUGUACCUUCACACAAACAUGGGUUUGCCAGUUGAAAAGGUUGCACUUUAUUAGUGAGUUGCUAAAAUGAAACAUGCAACAGGUCAUAUUUCACCUCCAAAUCAAGAGUGUAGGAAAUAUUAUUUUGCAUGUAGAAAAUGAAUAGUUUUUACAUUAUUUUCAUGAAUAUCAAGCACAUGUUCCCUUCAAAUUAACUUGUGCAAGAAAAUCAAAUUCUCUGCUAAAAAAAUAAAAACAAUUAAUGAAGUAUGGGCUUUAUGUUCUUCAUGCAAAAUAUAAUUUCUUUUGAUUGUGUGUGUGUGUGUGUGUGUUUGUGUUGGUUUAAUUCCUUACUAUCAGACUGAUAUAUUUCAAAUGUUUAUUUAUUUUAAUUUUGAUGAUUAUAACUGACAACUAAGUACAACCCAAAUUCAGUGUCUCAUAAAAUUAGGAUAUAACUUAAGACCAAUACAAAGAAAGGAUUUUUAGAAAUCUUGGCCGACUAAAAAGUAUGAGCAUGUACAGCACACACACACACACACACAUAUAUGCACAUAUGGUUGGACAAACAUAAAGCAAUAGCCCAAAAAUGUCAUCUAAUGCGAUCAGAUCUGCCUUUUAUACCUUUAAUGUAAAAAAAAAAAAUCACAAUAUUUGUGGGUCGUAUUAGUGCAAAACUAAAAAUGUGCUUUAUUUUGAGAAACAUUAGGUCUGUGUGUGUUUUUGUGAUGCUACAGCAUUCGGUUGACAUCAUUUGAGGACUGAAAUCAUGCAUAUUCUGUUUAUUUCAAAGAUUUCGCUGCUUAUUCAGUUGCAAAACACAAAACCAGGACUGUCAAUACCAGUAAGUUACGGUUAUAGAAGUGGGACAGAUUGGGAUGUUUUUCUUGGUCUUGCUGCAGGCACUUUAUUUUAGCUCAUCUUUUCUAAUUAGGAGAUCGUUUGGAUUUAAAGUGAAGGAAAGUGUCCAGCGAAACGCCUCUCAUCUGAUGAUGUUACAUCUUUAUUUUUUUCUAAACGCUGUAAAUCAUGUAACAAUUACAACAUAUUAACAUCAGUUAGGAUUUGAAUUAUAUUUAUUUUUCUUAAGUGAAUGUGUACAGUUGGAUGAUUAAUAUAAAAAUACCAAUUUAUUCUCCGCUGAAGGAAUAAAAAAAA